ACGGACCCUGGCCAGCUUCACAACCUCCUGCACGCCGACGAAGCCGCCCUGGCUGCGGGUGCCACCAUUCUCGGCCACCCUCUCAAAAAGGUCCUGCCUAGACUCGACUCCCUCCUGUUCGUCCUCAAGUCCUGCAAGGGAACAACGUGCUCGCGGCCGUGGCAGGCUCUGCACCCCUCAGGCAACGUCGGCAGUCUGCUCGAAGCCCUGGCGCCGCGCUUCGACGAGUUUUAUACCCAACAGACGAGGGUGCAGUUUGAUCAUUGCGAGCUAGGGCACAUCGUCGAGGCGGAAGGGCCGCAGUUUGAGCACGACGGAGCUGUGUAUUGGAAGGGUUCUAGGUGGAGCGAUUGGACCUGA